GAGUAGCAGCUGAUUUUCUGCCUCAGCAAUGGCAGAAGCUGUCAUAAGACAUUGGGUGGAAACUCCUGUACGCUACCAGGAGCAGUUUGUUGACCAAGAGCUGGAAGCACACAAACUGAACCACCUUUUAUAUGCUUUGCCAGGCCCUGCCACCACUGCACUGAGCGACCGAAGGUGCACCACAGAAAGCACGGCUGGGGCCAGGAAGAGCAGCCAGGAGGAGGAAAACACACAUUUUCGGGUCUUGCUGGAUGUUGUGCAGUUCCGCCCCGAAGAUAUCAUUAUCCAGACUUUCGAAGGCUGGCUCCUGAUUAAAGCUCAGCAUGGGCCCAGGAUGGAUGAACAUGGUUUCAUAUCCAGAAGCUUCACCAGACAAUACAAAUUACCUGACGGAGUGGAGAACAAAGACUUGUCUGCACUUUUCUGCCAUGAUGGCAUUUUGGUUGUUGAAAUGAAGAACUCAGUGGAAAUGAAUUAG